AUGUUUACUUCUCUCUUUGAAAUGUGGAAGGUGGAGGAAAUAUGCGACUUAUUCCUUACCGAUAACACCAAACUUCGUAGGGUACUCUUUGCCCUUCUUUUCAGCGAACUGUUUCACGCCCUUGCUCACUUAAAGGUUCUGUUAAGCAUUCGGUUUCCUAACGGUCACUACACCGCAAAGCAACUCUGGAAUCGUUCCUUCUACUUUUUAUGUGAUAUUCUGUCAGUUGUUGUCUCUUGUAUGGUUUUGAAUUUGAUUUUUGUGGAUAACGGCGAUCUUGAAGGUCGCGAUAAGCAUGGCUACAUAUUUGUCAGAUUAAACAAAGAUGAAAUGAAACUGUUGCAUCCUAUCACAACCAUUUUGGCGGCUGGUCAUUUCUUGUUACAUUUUUUUUACAUUAGUGGAUGGUUUAGUGGAUACUGGACAUAUCUGAAAAAUCAACGAAGGGAAAGCAAGGCACGUGAAAAUAAAUCAAUUGGUAUUGAUGGUGUAGAUGACAAGGGAAGCACUAAAUCUAACACUAUUACAACUUCACCUCAAGAUACUGCGCAUUUGCAAAAAAAAAGAGAACCUGAAAAUAAUGAUCUUAUCGACUUUGACGGAGAACCAACAAUUCCUUUAUCAACCGAGGAAAGCAAAACUGCAACUCAGUUGUUCUUAACAUUGGAUGAGUCUGUGGUUUGUGAAAACUCCGGUGAUACAUUUUUCACUUGCGAAUCUACGUUCAGCACCAUGAUAGAGACUUCAAUUACUCGAGAUUCGAUUUCUCGAAGAAACAACGCAAACGAUACUGAGAUUACAGAUAAAAAAUCACGUGAUGACGAAAUUCUCUCAGACCAUGCAAAUUUUUUGGGCAAUAAAUUUGUUAGGAAUGUAUUGGUCUGGUCAGCAGCCCAGGGAUGGGAAGCAAAGAAAAAGACCAAAUGGCAUUGGUGGCAUACCAUUGGGACGUGCUAUGAUAUUCUUGUGCACACCGUGACCUUCUGUUGGCUUGCUAGGGCUCUUGGAGAUUUGUGA